AUGAAUGAGGGUGAUCUUUUCAAAAAGCAGAAAUGGGGAAUGAGGGAUGUGGACAAAGGAGUGUCGGAGAGUGUGAAAGCGGUUUGGCCUCGCUAUCGGGUUUUGGGGGACCUGGAGAACGGGGUCUAUGACCUGGAGAUACAGGAAGCUCAACUCUCCGAUGAUGCUGUCUACGAGUGUCAAGCAACAGAGGCCGCCCUCCGCUCCGACCGAGCAACGUUAACCGUACUGAUCCCUCCAGAUGAGCCAGUGAUCGAUGGGGGUCCGGAGAUCCUUCUCCGAGCUGGAAUCCCGUACAACCUGACAUGCAGGGUAGAGGGAGCCAAACCAGCGGCUGGGAUUGAGUGGUACAGCGCGGGAGUGAGACAGCAAGGGACCAGCUCCACACACGGCCUGAUGGAUGAUGGGAAACGCGAGUACACGAUCAGCGUUCUGCCCUUCUCUCCCUCCGAGCUCGAUAUAGGGCGUGAGCUGAGCUGCCAAGCGAGGAACGAGGCACUGCCGAGUGGGAAGGAGAGCACCGUGCGACUCAACGUUCACCACCUGCCGAGUGUCACACUCUCCAUUUACCCCCAGAAGGUGCGGGAAGGGGAUCGGGUGGUAUUUACAUGUGCGGUCAGUGCUAACCCAGCUAUUAAGCAAUACCGGUGAGUCAACUCAUUCCCCUCAGACUGAGCCAAUCCGCUCGCAGGGAUGGGCUCCAUCAUCCGGGAUUAAGGAAUUCACACCCAGGGAUUGCUACUGCCAGUGUCACACAUUCCCCAUUGAAAACAAACGACUGAGUCCCGCACUGAUCCCACUGUCCCGCUCCCUUCCCAUAUCCCUGUAUCAAU